AUGACUGAUUAUUAUUCCGAUGAUCGUUGUUAUCCGGAUGAGACUCGUCUCAUCAUGGUGGAUUCACGAUACAUCGAGUUCAAAGUCCAUCUGAGGUUAGGCUAUUUAGCCCAGGUGAUUGAUGACCAAAUAGAAGCGGCCAUUGGGUGCCGUCACCAUUUCGUUGAGAGUUUCUCCGAAAUGGUAGAAAUUCUAAAGCAGUUGGAAAAAGUUGCUGCUCCUGUGAUCCACGUGGCUCGUUUCCACGAUAUUAAAGAUGAACUCGAAAGAUGGAGGCUGCCCGACACCAGUGAAGGUCUGGAGGCCUAUGUCACGAAAGCAGUACAGGAGUUCCAGGCCGUUUUGGAGGAUUUCGCUGCUCAACGUGGAGAGAACAGUUUGGAUCUCAGGGACCUGGUUCCGGCAUUGUUCAACAUGUGA